GCCGAAGGAAAAUGGGUGUUUGGUGUAAAUCUGGGGUGUAAUGCUGCCAUAUAUCACGCUAUCUCGUAAAACCGACACUGAAGAGUCUCGGCCAACAAAUCACCAGAAAAUUAUGAGUUCGUCGUAUUAUGUGAAUGCUCUUUUUCCCAAAUAUACGGCGGGGACAUCCGUUUUCCAGAACGCGAGUGGCUUUACAGAAGCAACUUCUUGCGCCUUUGCAACCAACUCACAAAGAUCGGGCUAUGGAGCGGGCGCGAGCGCCUUCCCAGCCCCGAUGGCCGGGCUGUACAAUGUUAACAGUGCAAUCUAUCACGGCCCUUCCAUGUACAACACAGGUUAUACCCUAAACUCAGAUUCCUACAACCUGCGCUGCUCCUCCUUAGACCAGAACAUUCCAGUUCUUUGCAGCGAUCUGAGCAAACAGGGUUGCGAAAAAUUGGAUCAGACAAACGUGCACCCUCAAGCAGAGAGCAAUUUCCGGAUUUACCCCUGGAUGAGGAAUGCAGGUCCGGACAGAAAGCGAGGGCGGCAGACUUACACCCGCUACCAAACGCUGGAGCUGGAGAAGGAAUUCCACUUCAAUCGCUAUCUGACUCGCAGGCGGCGGAUUGAAAUCGCUCACGCUCUGUGUCUUACCGAGAGACAGAUCAAAAUCUGGUUCCAGAACAGGAGGAUGAAAUGGAAAAAGGAAACCAAAGCUGGGAGUUCCACCACCACCACCACCACCACAACCGAGGAAAAGACAGAAUAAGACCUCCCCGUGAAUCCAGAACUGUUUCAAAUGUAUGAAGUUGUUCUGCAGCAGCUAAACUAUGACAUUAAACUACCUAACCACAAUAGUGGAAAGUUGACGAAAUCCUGUGCAGACGCACUCAUAAUACUACCUAUAUGUUUUCUUAACCUCUUCCGAAUUUAUGGUUUCAAAAUGAAUUUAACGUUAUUCUCUAAAGAGCACUGGAUCCACAGACGCGUUGGGUAAAAUAAAUAGGAAUUGGGUUCGGAAUCACUGUCUGUCAAUAUAAUAUAAUAUAACUCGGAAAUAGCUUCGGAGUCUGGGAAUUAGUGCAGUUAAUUGGAGUUCGAUUCAGAAUGGGAAUGAGACUCUGUGAGGGCAGUGGCAAACAUAACGGGAAUUAAACUGAGAUGCGGUGCAGGCCAGAAGUAAAUGAAUUGAAAUAAAUUCAUAAUCCGUAUUGGCAGCAAUGAAAUAAAAGAUAACCCGUGCAGAAAUGGUGUGGGAACCAGUAAAAUGUAAGGGACGAAAAUUUGGCCCAUUGCUAAAAUAAUUAGAAUGGGGUUUAGAAUCUGUAUCUGCGUUAAUAAAAAUAAAAAAAGAAUAAUAGUAGCAAGCACAGAAAAAGAUUUUAAUCACUAUUCUAUGUUAUCUUACAGUAAACACUCCAUACCACUACUUAAUCUCCUGCACUGAACUAUUCCUGAGAGUUUUUCUCCCUACUAUCAAAAAANCUUCCAAAUAUACAUUUUUGCAAAAAAUAUUCUGAUGAUCACUUUGAUUCACACGAGUACCAGUGCUAUGAUGAUAAUCAUUUCGUUUUAAUUCAACUGGAAAUUAAGUGUUUAAAUCAUAAUA